CUGCAGACUUGGAGGACCUGGUCCAUCUCCUUGGCCAGCUGCUUCUGGAGGGUUUGCGCCUACAAAAGGCAAUUCAGACUCUUGCAUUUUUGAGUGUGAAUAUGGCUCAAGGCAGAAGUCGCCAGGGCAUCAAUUGAACCAGCAAUCGAUGGGAUGUGUUGGACUCCCAGUAAAAUAGCCCUUCCGGACGAACUCUAGCCCUUUUUCAGAGAACCACUUGGGGUAGCGGCCGGACCUUGUGUGGAUACCCCAAGGAUCUGGGCCAGGCGAUCCUUACGCUUUUUAUCGGGAUGAAGCUAUAAAGCAGUUUCCACAAACUGGAAACUAUCGCCGUUGUUGCACUGCGUAUCUGGCCGGAGAAUAAGCAAGGGCCAAAAUGCAUAUACUCCACCUAGGGCGGCUGAGCGCAGAUAUUGAAUGCACACCACCCUCGCUUGAUUGUGCAGAUGUGGCCGUAGCGGUCAGGCUGGCAGCCAGGCCUAUGCGACAAAAGGUUGCCAAACCCCCAGCGCGUCCACUGUUGGGGGCGGCACUUCCCCGUGAAUCUGGGGCAAAGCUGCGUCGCACCAGGCCAGUUAGCGCACCAGUUAUGAUUCAGUGGCUGGAGGGGAAGUCGGAAAUCACCGUUGGCGGCAAAAGCAAAAUUGAGCGAGCGUUGAUUCAACUAAGAGAAGAUAAGAUUAAUGGGAGGAAAUGUCCGACCGAGAAAAGCAGCAGGGAAGGUGAGCCAUUGCAGUACGAGGACCAGCCAAGGGACAAGGGAGGAACAGAAACUCUAUCAUAUGCUCUAUGGAAGAUCAAGGAUGAAGAUAAUCGUGCGAUGCAGUGCUGGUGGACGUCGUCUAGUGGGUAUUUGGAGAUGCAUAUCUUCCGUGCGAACGGAGAAAUGCAAUGUGGAGGAUGAAAAUGGAUGGAAUAUGAUGAUGAAAGAGAACGAUUG